UCCUGUGGGGCUGGACAGUGGACUCUGACCUGGGACAUUGCUGCCCUUGGCCUCCUCAUCGCUGCCACUAUCACCAUGCUGCCCCUUGARACCCCACUGCUCUUGACUCUGCUGCUGGUGGCCAACUCACUGGCCCAGAGGGUUCGACCCCCUCGGCCCCCAACCCUCAUCAGCAGCAUCCAGCCCAAGGCCAGAUUCAAUGCUCAGCAGUUUUCAGGGACAUGGCUCCUUGUGGGUGUGGGCUCUGCCUGCCGCUUCCUACAGGAGCAGGGUCACCAGGCUGAGGCCACCACAUUGCACGUGACUCCCCAGGGUGCAGCCAUGGUCAUCAACACCUCCCGCAAGCUGGAUGGGAUCUGCUGGCAGGUGCGACAGCUCUACAGAGACACAGAGGUCCCUGGCCGCUUCCUGCUCCAAGCUCAAGGAGCCCGGGCCCCUGUGCACAUGGUGGUUGCUGCGACUGAUUACCAGGGCUUCGCCAUCCUGUACCUGGAGCGGGCGAGGCAGCUGUCUGUGAAGCUAUACGCCCGAUCGCUGCCUGUGAGUGACUCUGUCCUGAGUGUGUUCGAGCAGCAGGUCAAAAGUGCCAACCUGACUGAAGACCAGAUCUUAUACUUCCCCAAGUAUGGUUUCUGCAAGGCUGCUGACCAGUUCCACAUCCUGGAUGGUGAGUGGGCAGCAGGGCAGCUGGCCAGUGGCCACAGUGCAGGUUCCUUCCUGCCCCUUGCUGAGUCUCCUGUGUGCUGCAGAAGUGAGGGGGCGAGGCCUGCGGGAGCCGUGAUGGGUCACCUGCUGCCCUCCUCGGUGAGCACCAGAGCAGCGCUGGUCAAGGUCAGGGCCCUGUGGUUCUGGAGGAGUCUCCCCUGUCUGCUCUCAGAAGCCACCUCCCCYUGGGAGCUCAUUAAACAUCACAGUGGACCCCUGGCUCCCUUCAGUCCCCACUCGCACCAGAGGAGRAGGAGGCUUGUUCCCCCAUCGUUUGAGAACCCCCUCCCCAGCAAGGUGGGGCUGGGGAGCUUCCCAGAACCCCUGUCUUCCCCUGCCCUGUGCUGGCCUCUGGGCCGCCCUCUCCAACAGCCUGUUGGGCCCCAGGGCCCUGCCCAGGGUGGACUUCCCUAAGGAGGGGCUCCUGUCAGGACCCCCUACUGGAAGCUGAAGAGCCAGAGGCCCAGGGGCCCUGUAGCCUGAGGUAGGAUGGCAUAUCAGAGAUGGGCAGCAAGGUCACUUCACCAUCCCUGGACACGGUGCCUGGCUGGGCUGAGGCCUCACCGUCCUGCACACUGUGAGCCAGGGGCUUCCGAGAGCAGGACUGGCCACCUGGGUGCCCUGACACUGGGGGAGGGCACCCAGGUGAGAGAGGUGGGAGUCUCUGGGGAGAAAGCCAGCUGUUGCUUGGGCCAGAUAAGGUGAGCAUGGGGACUCUGGACAGCGGGAGGACCCCCUGGCAAACCCAGAGUCCCCCAAGGUCACAGACAGGGAGGCGGGGGUGGGGCAGGACCUUGCGCUGGGCCCCUGCUCUCUAUGCCCUCCCUUCCGACAACCUCCUUCCUCGGGCUGUGGGAAGACCCAGGGUGCCCAGUGAGCUUUGGGCCACAGAGGAAUGGCUGUCUGGUGUUUGGACCUUUUCUGCUGGCCCAGCUACUCUCAGAGAGAGCAGAGGGACUCAGGUUGGGGUGGGUGGCUACCAGGAAGAGCCAGCAGCUGCCCAAUGGGCUCUGUGUCCUGUGGGCGGUCCCCCUGCCAUUCCCCCCAGGGUCCCUGUGCAGCUGGACUCAGGAAAGCAGCGAAGUAGGGCGGGAGGGAGAGGGGAGGCAGGGACCGAGGGACAGACCCCACCCAGGAGACUGCCCUCCAGCUCCAUGUCCCAGAGACCCCAAAAUAGGGACCCCAAGAGCAACCACAUCACAUAGGACCCCGAGAGACCCUAAGGUCUCUCAGCCACAGAGAGCCUUGUCCCCCAUCGCGUUGUCGCCAGACUCUGCGUGCUCUUCUCUCUGUUCUGAGGGGGGCGCCAGAGACCCUUCCAAAAGACCGAGUGGCCUGACCCUACGACUCUGCCCUGGGGGUCUGCACCGCAGUGUGGGUCUGACCUGGGAAAAGAAGAUGCAGCACAUUAGAAUU